CCAAUAUGCCCCACCUUAAGCAACGUCGUACUGCCAUAUAUCGUGUCGUUUGACUCAUUUCGUGAGAGGCUCGCUCGCGCAUCCAACCGGGCCUUGGUUCCCCGCCUCUUUCAUUUCCUAACGCCAACCGCCAAUCCGCCGUGGAUGAUACCGAAGUAAAAUCCUGAAUCCGUCGCACCUUCAUAUGUGUUUGAUCUGUACUUAACGAUUUGAAUACCUGUAGAGAAUGGAGGAGGCAUUGAAAGCGGCAUACGCGGAGGUCAUUCUGAACACUGUGAAGGAGGCAGCAGCCCGAGUGAUGGGAUCGGAGCAAAAAGCUCGUCGCUUGGAGAAGGAUCUCCAAUCCACCAAGGACGAGUCAAUUCGAUUGCUCCUCCGAUUGAAACUCAUGGCAGAUGCUAAGGUAAACGAGGCUGAAACUUCGGCCAUGAAUCAGCAAAGAAGGAUUGAUGAGCUAGAAGCUCAGCUCAAUGAAGCUGAAGGUCUGGUAUUAGAGCUCAGAGAAGAACUUAACACCGUAAGGGAGGAAUUUGAUGAAACAAAGAAGGAGAAGAAUAAAACGAAGAAGAAGAAUGUCAAGGAUGAUCCUGUUUUAAGCUCUAUGGUGAUGAAAUGCAAAGAGGCUGUGAUGUACCGAAGUCCUUUCACCCAAAGGAUUUGUGCAGUGGAGAUGAGCUCACCAGACGUGAACUUGAACACCGAAGAUGAUCCAUGCUUUGCUGUAAAUAUUAAACCAGUCAGAGAAUGUGGUGAAACAAAGAACACUGAGAAUCAUUUAGAUCAGGCUGGAGUUGGGCUGAUUCAAGGGAGUGUUAAGAAGAACAGGCCAGCAAGUUUCCACGGAGAAACUAAAAGAAAAAGUCAUCACGGAGAAAAAGUGCAGAAAAACAAUGGUCAGUCUUUCCUGGUUCGCAGAAGCGCCAGGAAGAGAAAAAUCAAGUACUGGGAUGUUAAUGCUUCUGUGUGGAGGUCUGAUGACUAUCACUCUAAUCAGUCAAGAAAACAUUCCCGGCCAUGUAGAAUGCCCAGACUAGUCAAGUGCAAUGUCAAGUCCAGUGAAGACUAUAUGGAAUCAAAUACUGUUCCUGGGGUUAAGGAUCAUGUGCACAAGUUGGACACAGAACCAGAUGUAACUGACAAUGAAUCUGAGAAGGCAUCUCAAAGAAGCUAUAUGACUUCAGAUCAAGCCAAUGCAGAGGGGCAACUCAAGUACACAUUCUUUAGGAAGAGAAAGAAGGAUUCUUUAACCAAUCCAAAAGAAAACUCUUCUGGAGAGAAACUAUAUACUCAUGUGACACAGCAGGAUUCUAGUGUGAUUGGUGAUGAUUCACCGAGGAAAAACAGACAGCUGGUGCAGAUUGCUAACCAGCUUAUUUCAUUGUCUGGCAAGCUGUCAUAAAGUAGUGUGAAGGAAUUAUUUCAAAUUGAUGAGAUGUGAUGAAGCAACUGUGUCAAAAAGAUGAUCGGACACAUUCAUGCCUGUUGUCUUUUUUAUGGCGCACCAGCUUGCAUAAGUUAAUGUUUUGCGUUUAUGUAAUGUAAUACUCUUAGUGCAUAAUGGGGCUCUCUGAUUUUUUGUUUUUUAUGUCAACUUUAUUUUUCAAAUAAAUUCCUUUAUAAAAUAUAUACAUGAAGUUGUUUUACAGCUAGAGAGCUGAACACAGCUUUUUCCCA